AUGGCAUCCGACGACAAAUCCGUGUACCUUGGAGUCUGGACAGACUGGUCCCAUGGCUCUGUCAAAGGACUUACAUAUACGACAACUUUGCAGAAAGGAGGCCUAUUGGUCGCCUUCCUCGCGCUUUUCGUCACAUUCACAGGAACAUGCUUCUGGUCCAUCAUUUCGUUUACCAUGCACCAAAUGCUGAGUCGUCAGGCACCCCAAAACGCGACAUACCACCAGCGACAAGCAAUACUUCGAAACUCUGGUACCAGCGGGGCGGCCGCAUGGAAAUUAUUCAUGCUAACGUGGGCCUGGCGGAAGACCAGCCUGGGCGCCUCGAUGAAAGCCUCGUGGUUAUCUCUGACAGUCAGCUUGAUAACCUUCUGCGCUUUUGCUGCCGCUGGUAUCUUCUCUUCGCAAGUUGCCACAUCCCGGGGUGGCCAGGUUCUCCUUGUUGGUGACAAAUGUGCGAGUUACAACAUUUCCCUCCUUACACCGGAAAACCAGGGCUCCUUCCAAUCCUGGGUUGCCAGCUCGAUCAGAUCAAGCUCCAAUUAUGAGUCAAGCUGCUAUUCAGGAAAUGCAUCGACUUAUAGCUGUAACAAUUUUGUUCAGAAGAAACUUCCCUUCACAAGCACCAGUGGUAUUCCAUGCCCUUUUCCGGGGAAAAACAUGUGCAAAGCCCCCAACCAAGGUUUGCGAAUGGAUACGGGGUAUCUCGACAGCCACGACGAUCUGGGAAUGAAUGCACCACCCUCGGACAGGUUCCUCUAUCGAGCUUUCUACGACUGUGCGCCGGUGAAUAUCGAGCCUUACUUGAAAUGGAACAAGACUGGCUGGCUCUGGACCUCGCGCACCUUUCUCGGGACCGAUGUACAGGGUUGUGGACGAGUGAAGGGAUGUAGUCAGCAGUACACUUAUAAUCUGGCCGAUGGAACCAACGCUUUCAACGAUGGGCAAGGUGACAAUGAUCCCUCCUCCUGGCAGCCAAUUCCCGAACUCCAGGUUCCGAAUGCGGAUAUCGGCGCCUUCUGGCUAGAGCAACACGGUAUCUGGUAUUUUUCAUCUGUCAAAGAUCCGUGGUUUGCAGCUGAAAGCAGCUCUAAUAAGAGCACACCCAUUGGACCCAGGAAGUAUUACGAUGCAGGAGAAAAGGUCGUGAAUACUUUGGUAUGUGCUCAACAAUACCAAUUCUGCAACCCGUCGAAGGAGCUUUGUACAGCGCCGAUGGGAUCCUCGACAGCUGCGACAUCAGCUGCUUCCAACCUGUUCACAAAUACAACGAAUGAAGAUAGGUUCAUGUGGAACUUGCGAGCUGUCUUUAACCAGAUCGGCUUCUCAGAAAUCGCCAAAACAUUGAAGGAGGGAGCUCUUCUGGCAAGUGAUUUUACCAAUCCGCUUGGUCAGUUCGGACUACCGGACAAUCAAUGGGAACUUGAGCUCAAGCACUGGUUCGGGAUAAUGCUAGCCGCUCUACAGGGAUCCAUAGUCAAUCAGGCGAGUGGCCCGUCCAUCCCAGAGGCAGCGACAUUCCAUUCUCUCCCGACGACAGCCGGUGAGCGUGCCGCUUGUACCAACCAGAAAAUCCGGAGCGAUUCCUACACAUCGUUCAACGUGCUCGGACUUAUCCUCAUAUUCUCCAUUGGCGGCCUCAUUAUGCUCAUCUCGGCCUGUCUGCCAUCGCUGAUGGCGCGCAUACAACGUAAAAAGCCGUUUGCCAGCAUUGAGUGGGAUGCCAAUGAUACACUGCAGCUCCAGAGGCUCGCACAUGAAGCCGUCGGUGCUGGCAACUGGGAGGGCACACGCGAUGACUACCCACGAACGCAGCGGGGUGAUCUACUGGCUGUUCUCGAUACCUCAGAUCCCAAGCAUCCUAAGCUCAAGGUGCCGCCAAAGGUUGAGUCAUUGUCAGACGAAGAGCAAGGUCCGACUCAAGUGGAGGAAUCGAUUCAUAGCUCUCUAUUGAGUGUGGAGAUACCUCGUGUUUCCAUGGAACUUUCACAGCGCUUUUCAGGUCGGAUGGAUUAG